GGGAGUUCUUCAUUAAAAAUUAAUAACAACACGUGUUUUUCCUGUAGAAUACAUUCAUAAGUCAAUCAUGGUAUUACAACGUAUCGUGAAACCCAAAACCCAAAAGGGUAAGCGGUUCUUAGAGGGGAGAGAACCCAAAGUUAUAGAAAGCACGAAGUCAGCCAUCUUCGUAAAGGGAGGAAACACUAGUAUAACUGUCACUGAAGCCUUGAAAGAAUUGUACAUACUGAAGAAACCAAACGCAGUAUCCUACAAGAGGAAAAACAUUUUGAGGCCUUUUGAAGAUGAAACACCACUUGAAUUUUUUGCAAAGAAGAGUGAUGCAGCAUUAUUUGCCUUUGGUUGUCACUCCAAGAAGCGACCAGAUAAUUUAAUUUUAGGACGAAUGUUUGAUUUCCAUGUACUGGAUAUGUUUGAGCUGGGAAUAGAGAAAUUCAAGUCAAUGUAUGCAAUGCAGGGAGCUAAGUGCAACAUGGGCAGCAAGCCCUGUCUGUUAUUUUGUGGGGAAGCUUUUGACCAGGACGCGGAGCACAAGAGGUUGAAGAAUCUCUUUAUAGAUUUUUUCCGCGGCCCCGUAAUAAGUCAGGUACGACUUGCUGGUCUAGAACAUGUCAUACAGAUAACUUCUCUGGAUGGCAAAAUACUACUUCGGAACUACAAGAUCAUGAUGAAGAAGUCUGGCAGUAAAACUCCCAGGGUAGAAUUGGACGACAUGGGCCCCUCAAUCGACUUCGUCAUACGCCGGACCAAACUUGCCUCCGACGACCUCUACAAGCGCUCGCUCAGACAACCAAAGACAGUUAAGCCAAGAAAAAGGAAGAACAUUUCCCAAAAUGCUUUUGGUUCCAAACUUGGCAGAAUCCACAUGGACAAACAGGACCUCGGGAAGUUACAAACACGCAAGAUGAAGGGCCUGAAAAAGCGAAAGAGUGCCAAGUCAAAGGACAGUGUGACACAACCUAAAGUUGUGAAGGAAACGAACGGUCCGCCGAAAGCCAAACGAGCCAAAAAAACUGUGGAAUGAUAAAUGUCGUCGUUUAUUUAUGAAUAAGUGUGAAGUAAGAAAUGACAAGAGGCUGUGUGGAAAUGUCAUCUGAUUGUUUAGUGGUAUUUAUCCAUUAACAAACAUGGAUAUAUCAGAACUGUGUUGGAUGGGAAUGGCCAGACUAUAUGAAUUAGCCAAAGUAUGCUUCAUAAUGUACAGCGAAAAUGUUUUCGACAUGGAUCUCGUCAUAUUCGUGUCUCCGCAUGGAAACGCACAGAAUGGUUGUUUGACAAUACAGUUAUAAGCUACUCAACCAGGAAUGUUGUUUCAAGCAAGCGAAGGAAGAAUGAAAGACAUAGAGAACAGAUUAUAUGUUCAUAUUUCCAUUUCCAUGGCAUUGUCCCUAGAUAACUUACUUGCAAUUGAAAGCUGUGUCAUUGAUAGGACUUUACAUGACAUGCAUCACAAGACACAAUUUUCAGCCAAUCAGCACGCACCAACAUUCCGUCGAUAAGGCAGGAAUUUAAAAUUUUGUAUAUAACUUGUAAAAA